AUAAUCAAUAUGCGUCGCGGCUUACAGUCUUGGAGACGCGGGAAUGAGUCCUCCGUGCGACACGGGACAGCAAACCCGUCGGAUUUCGUGCAGGUACAGCUCCACCGAGCUGUCAAACCGAAGUCGAAGGGUCUGUUUUUGAUUAAGAAGUUGAAGGGUUUUAACUCUCCAAACCAACAAAAACUUGUGUGGAGACCAGCCAAAGAUGGAAGUAGAGAGAGCCAAAGUAGAAAAAAUGGGUCAUGCUAAAAAUAAGAGCGUGGAAGAGACGGGGGAAUUGUAUGAAGCACAUAUAAAAGAGGAGGAGGAGAACGCUCACACGAAUCCCAUUCUUGGCACCGACCGGGAACCGGAGCUAGAAUCGAUUGGAGAUAUAGAGUUGGAGGAGAGCGAGGAGGAGGGAGGGCGGGCUUCUCACUCUCCUUGUUUUGGGCCAGGGAACAACACCAAGAGCAUUAACGUCAGCAUAGACCCGGACGUCCUCGAUUGCUCCUCCUGCGGCACACCCUUGCGCGCCCCUCUAUUCGAGUGUGACAAUGGACAUGUGGCAUGCUUCCUAUGCUGUGCAAUUCUGGAGAACAAGUGCCACGUCUGUUCCCUCCCCAUUGGCAGCAGACGAUGCCCGGCACUAGAGACAAUCAUUGAAGCCAUGAAGAUCCCAUGCCCCAAUUCUAGAUUUGGCUGCCGAAAGACCAUCCCCUACACCCAGAAGUGCACCCACGAGGAGUCCUGCCUAUUUGCCCCCUUCUCCUGCCCCAUCUCCAGCUGCACCUUUCAAGGCCUCACUGCAUGCCUCUCGAGACACAUCCAGAAUGAACAUCACUCCACCCCUCAGAUCUCUUUCUCGUAUAACCGCUUCUUCGAGGUCGCUCUACAGCAAAAAGAGCCAUUUUUGGUUCUCCGUGGGAAGGAUGGCCGCAUCUUUCUCCUACUCAAUGCUGGCAGUGAGCCUUAUGGGAGUGCUCUUUCAAUCGCUUGUAUGAGGCCAGGGUCAACGGAGUGGGGCUUGGAAUAUAAGAUCAGGGUGAAGAGAAAGCGAAGGGAGCUCCAUCUCAAAGCUUCACCCAAGAACAUUAGGGAGUUGAAGGUAGGUUCUCCUGCAGGAAGUUUCCUCGUUGUUCCCCAUGAAUUUAGCGACUCAUCUGGGGUGAUCUCUAUUGAUGUUCUUAUUAGGCAUAUAGGAUGAUGCUGAUAUCUUUCUGUUUACCUUAUCUUUUUGUCAUAAUGCUGGUUAGACAGCUCGUCACUUGAUAUAUGUGGGUGUUGGUAGUUUUGCUGCAGUAUUGCCUAGCUAAUGGAAAUUGCAGGCUUAAUUA